CCUCUCUCCCUCUCCCGAUCUCUCCUCCAUCCUCGCCUCCACACGCAACACAGAAAAAAAAUUCCCCCUCUUGCCUCCUCGAUCCGAUCGAGAGCGCGCGAUGGCCGCGGAGUCGUCGGCGAGCGGCGGGAUGCGGAAGGCGUCGUCGGUGGAGUGGGGAGCGAGCGGCGGGAUGCGGAGGCCGCCAUCGGUGGAGUGGGGGGCGAGCGGCGGGAUGCGGAAGGCGCCAUCGGUGGAGUGGGCGGGCGGCGGGAUGCGGAAGGCGCCAUCGGUGGAGUGGCGGUGGGUGUCCACGGAGACGGAGGGGGAGGAGGAGGAGGAGGACGUCGGGGGCGCUGCGGGUGUCGGGGCCGUGGGCAGGGGCGGGAGCUUCGAGUCGGAGGAGGAGGAGGCGGAGGAGGACGAGGAGGAGGGGGAGGAGGAGGGGAGGAAGCAGAAGCUGAUCCGGACCGUGCCGUCCGUGGACUGGUUCGACGUCGAGGGUUACGAGGUCUCCGUCGCGCACCCGGUCGAGGACACCGAGGAGUUUGAUUUUGGCAGGACAAUGUUUCUUGCCCUUCAGACUCUUGCUGUGGUGUUUGGAGAUAUUGGAAUAAGUCCACUAUAUACAUUCGAUGUCAUGUUCAACAAGUAUCCUGUUCUUGGAGAAGAGGAUGUUCUUGGAGCACUGUCACUCGUCCUUUAUACUCUAAUUUUGGUGCCAUUAGUGAAGUAUGUCUUAGUUGUCCUUUGGGCCAAUGAUGAUGGUGAAGGUGGUAUAUUUGCCUUGUACUCUUUAAUUUGCAGAAAUGCGAAAGUGAGUCUCAUUCCAAACCAAGCACACUCUGAGAAGAGGAUGUCAAGUUUUCGACUCAAACUUCCUACGCCAGAGCUUGAGAGAUCCAUAAAAGUAAAGGAGAAGCUUGAAUCUUCAUUGUUAUUGAAGAAGUUGCUUGUAGGCUUAGUGCUAUUUGGGACUUCAAUGUUCAUAUCAAAUGGAGUUAUCACACCAACAAUGUCAGUGCUAUCUGCUGUCAGUGGCUUGAAAGUUGGGAUACCAAAUGCCUCGCAAGAUAUAGUGGUGAUGAUUUCAGUUGCGCUUCUUGUAAUCUUGUAUAGUGUACAGAAGUACGCCACUAGCAAAAUGGGGUUUGCAAUUGGCCCUUCUUUACUUAUAUGGUUUUGCUGUCUCGGAGGAAUUGGUAUAUACAAUCUCAGUACAUAUGGCCCAGCAGCUUUCAAAGCAUUUAAUCCUCUCUACAUCAUUUAUUAUUUUGGGAGGAAUCCCUUUCAGGCUUGGGUGUCCCUUGCUGGUUGUCUUUUAUGUGCAACAGGAUCCGAGGCAAUCUUUGCAAAUCUUUGCUACUUCCCUGUAAGAUAUGUUCAGUCAAUGUUUGUGCUUCUUGUUCUUCCUUGCCUUGUCUUGGCCUAUUUAGGACAAGCUGCUUUUCUCAUUGCAAACCAAAAUUCAUCUGAGCAGAUCUUCUUCUCAUCCAUCCCAAGGGGAGUUUUCUGGCCUGUUUUCUUAAUAGCCAACUUAGCUGCAUUGAUUGCCAGCAGGACAAUGACGACAGCUAUAUUCCAAUGCCUAAAGCAGUCAAUAGCUCUUGGUUGCUUUCCUCGGCUCAAAAUCAUCCAUACUUCUCGGAAAUUUAUGGCUAAGAUAUACAUUCCUGUUGUGAACUGGUUUUUAUUGGCUUCCUGCUUGGGCUUUAUUCUGUUGUUCAGAAGCAUAUAUGACGUUGGCAAUGCAUAUGCCAUAGCUGAGCUUGGGGUGAUGAUAAUGGCCACGGUCUAUGUUGCAAUCAUAAUGCUUCUAAUCUGGGAAACCAAUAUCGUCAAAGUUCUCUCUUUUGUUAUCAUGUUCCUCUCCUUAGAGUUGGUUUUCUUCUCAUCAGCUCUGUGUAGUGUUGGAGAUGGAGGUUGGGCUCUGAUAAUUUUUGCAUCGGUCCUUCUCUUGAUUAUGUUCAUCUGGAAUUAUGGAAGCAAAUUGAAGUAUGACAGUGAAGUUAAAAAGAAGCUUUCAAAGGAUCUGAUGAGAAAAUUGGGGCCCAACCUUGGUACUAUUAGAGCUCCUGGAUUAGGCUUGGUCUACAGUGACAUAGUGAAAGGAGUUCCGGCAAUUUUCGGUCAUUUUCUGACUGCGCUUCCAGCAAUCCACUCGAUAAUCGUUUUUGUAUGCAUCAGGAAUGUACCAGUGCCUGUGGUUCCCCAAAGUGAAAGGUUUCUUUUCCAACGAGUCUGCUCAAGGGGCUAUCACAUGUUCCGCUGUAUUGCAAGGUAUGGGUACAAAGACAAGAAACAGGAGCACCAUGGCAUAUUUGAGCGCCUUCUGAUUGAAGGCCUCGAAAAGUUUAUACAGCGGGAGGCAGUAGAGCUCUCCCUACAAAGUGAAGAUGACAUCGACUCUGAUGAGGAGCCUCCAACCCCUGUGAGGACAAUCGUAGCACCAAAUGGUAGCCUCUACUCGCUUGACGUCCCUCUCCUGGUAGACUUUGUGCCUUCGGUAGAAGUUAUUCCUGAGGCCAGUUGCUCAACGCCUCGGCUCGACCCCGUAGUGGAUUACACACAGAACUUUGAGCUGGAGCUCGCAUUCAUCAGGCAGGCCAAAGAAUCUGGAGCCGUCUAUCUCAUUGACAACCCCAUCGUCAAAGCCAGGAAGAAUUCUUGGUUCUUCAAGAAGCUGAUCAUAAACUACUUUUUCGCAUUCUUGAGGAACAAUUGCAGCAGGGCGAUCAUGUCGAUGAGCAUUCCGCAUUCAAAUGUGAUGCAGGUGCGCUUGACCUCUUAUGUUUGAUUGUCGAAAGGUACCAUUUCGACACCCGCUCGUUUUGUUCAUGGCUUACCAAGUAGAGAUAACACUAACCAGAGAGGAAUGGCAGCGGCGAAAAGGAUAGUUGCAGUCCUGGCAUUAUUCAUAAAGGGAUAACUUAUCUUGUAGGAAUCUACGUCUCCUGUAAUUUUGUACAAUUGCGAAAUAUAGCUGCAAAUAUUGUGUAGCAAGCACAUCACAGUGUGGUGAGUUUUAACAUAUGUAUUCCUGUGAAGAGGAGAUUUUUUUGCCAUAUGUACU